GCAGAGGGGGGUGGAGGACACUGAAUGGAGACCAGUGGAGGGAUUGGCAGAGGGGGGUGGAGGACACUGAGUGGAGGCCAGUGGAGGGAUUGGCAGAGAGGGGUGGAGGACACUGAAUGGAAGCCAGUGGAGGGAUUGGCAGAGAGGGGUGGAGGACACUGAGUGGAGGCCAGUGGAGGGAUUGGCAGAGAGGGGUGGAGGACACUGAAUGGAGGCCAGUGGAGGGAUUGGCAGAGAGGGGUGGCAGAUACAGAUCGGAGGUGUUGCGGAGGUUGGAGGUGUUGCGGAGGUAGGAGGUGUUGCGGAGGUUGGAGGUGUUGCGGAGGUUGGAGGUGUCGCGGAGGUUGGAGGUGUUGCGGAGGUAGGAGGUGUUGCGGAGGUUGGAGGUGUCGCGGAG